GUGUAGAUCCACUUUUGUUGGGCAUGAUGAAGACACUGCUCAUUCUGAUCGCUCUGUUUGUGUCCGUUUUCGGCAAGGAAACCUUUGAGGGGGAUGAGGUCCUUCGUAUCACUGCAAAGGAUGAGUCCCAGCUCGUUCUGAUCCAUGACCUGUGUGAGAUGGAGCUGCUGCAUCUGGAUGUCUGGAGAGGGCCUACUGAUGUUGCCACCCCUGUGGACAUCAGAGUUCCCUUCCACAGCCUGAAGUCCGUCAAAGCCUACCUGGAGGCCCGGGAUGUGCAGUACACCAUCAUGAUCAAGGACCUGCAGGCUGUUCUGGAUGAGGAGCAGACACAGAUGCAGAUGGCCUCUCGCGCUGCUGAGCCCAGAAACACUGAUUCAUUUGACUACUCUAACUACCACACCAUCAAUGAGAUUUACAGUUUCCAGGACAUGCUAGUGGCUGAGAAUCCCCAACUGGUCAGCAAGAUUGUCAUUGGCCAGAGUUACCAGGGACGUCCCCUGAAUGUACUCAAGUUCAGCACUGGCGGAACCAAUCGCCCCGCCAUCUGGAUCGACACUGGUAUCCACUCCAGGGAGUGGGUCACCCAGGCCAGUGGUACCUGGUUUGCUAAGAAGAUUGUGACUGACUAUGGUAGUGACCCCACCCUCACCGCAAUCCUGAACAGAAUGGAUAUCUUUUUGGAGAUUGUGACCAACCCUGAUGGCUUCUUCUACACCCACAACAGUAACCGCAUGUGGCGUAAGACCAGGCAGCCCAACAGUGGCUCCUCCUGUGUUGGAGUCGACCCCAACAGGAAUUGGGAUGCUGGUUUUGAAGGUCCUGGUUCCAGUAAAAACCCCUGCUCUGAGACCUACAGUGGCCGAUCUGCUCACUCUGAGUCGGAGGUGAAGUCCAUUGUGGACUUUGUGAAGGCUCAUGGUAACAUGAAGGCAUUUGUCUCCAUCCAUGCCUACUCCCAGAUGCUCCUCUAUCCCUACGGCUACACUUCAACCCCCACUAAGGACCAAAAAGAGCUGCACGCCCUGGCAAGUAAGGCAAUCAAUAAUCUUGCUUCCCUGUAUGGCACCCGCUACAGAUAUGGUAGCAUUAUCAACACCAUCUAUCAAGCUAGCGGUGGUACCAUUGACUGGACUUACAACCAGGGAAUCAAGUACUCCUUUGGUUUUGAGCUGAGAGAUACUGGUCGCUACGGUUUCAUCCUGCCAGCCAAUCAGAUUCUCCCCACUGCUAAGGAGACCUGGCUGGCAAUGAUAACCAUCAUGGAGCACACCAAUGCCAACACUUACUAAAGAGGGUCACUAUAAUGGCACUGGUUAAUAACACAUCUGAGAAACAUUCUUCGUAGGGUUAGAACCUUAAUCUACCAAUAAAUGACAUAUCUUCUA